UCAGCUGUGAGUUGUCAAUCUGUCAGGUUAUUCUGAACCAUUUGAUAAAACAGAUUGUAGUCAUAAACUAUAAGUUUUGUUUACUUUUACAAAAUGUUAAAGAAAACUAAAAAUUCCAAAUAUCCACCGCCACCUGCACCUCCAACAGUUGAAGAAAUUCUAAAGGAUAUGGAAACUUUUCAUGUCGACUUGAGUGCCGAGGCAUUAAGAAGACAAUCACCGACUAAUGAUGUGCAACACCAGGAUUGGUGGAAUCGCUUCGAGCAGGCAGUCGCUGAUCACAAAAACCUGAUAAUGCUCGACAGUGAAAUUAGGAAUUACCAGCUUAAGUUGGAAUCGACCAAAAUAGAACUGGAAACUGAAGCUCAGUUGCUUAUGAAUGCUAUCCAAGAGCAAAGAGAGAAAAUGGAUGAAGUUUUGCAAAAAGGGAGUAGUUGAGUUUAAAUACCGAAUGCUGAAAUUGUUAAAAAUUCAAACAUAAAUUAGUGCACAAUAAUUUGAAUGUUUAAUAAAUAUACAUUAACAUAUUGCAAUUUUUGUAUACGAAAUCGUUUGUCGGAAUCUAUUGUAUGACUAAUUUAUAUUUAAUAAUAUGGAAUGUAAAUAUCCGCUAUAUAUGUAUACAUUCCCCCAGAAAAUAUGUGCAGUGUUUGCUUUUUUCAGUUUAGAAUAUAAGUAACCAAUUAAUA